CUCUGCUACACUGCUCACGUGCUCCCAACGCUCUCUUAUCAUCUCUCUCUCUCUCUCUCUCCGAGUUGCGAGAGAGAAACGAUUCUCUCUCUUCAGCCAACGGCCAUGAACUCCCUCCGAUCACCGGCCAUGCGGACCUCCAAUCCCUCGCGCCCUCUCUGCUUCCGCCUCUUCGCCCUCUCCCUCCCUCUCUUCCCGAGCUCCCGGUCCCCUCCCUCCGGACGCCUCCCGAGAUCGACGGCCGUCGGUGGUACGCCGCCGCCUCGGCUCUGCGUCCGGAGCUGCGGCUCCGUGACCGCGAGGCCGUCGUCGGAGGUCAGGAAGCGGCGCGGCGGCGGCCGCGGCGGCGGCGGGGGGCCGGAGCCCGACGAGAAGCUCCGGGCUCUCCGCGAGCUCUUCUCGAGGCCUGGGAUCGGCAUCGAUGCGUACGUCGUUCCUUCUCAGGACGCGCACCAGAGUGAGUUCAUUGCAGAAUGUUAUACGAGGAGGGCCUAUAUAUCAGGUUUUACAGGCAGUGCUGGCACUGCUGUCGUCACAAAGGAUAAAGCAGCUCUAUGGACAGAUGGACGUUAUUUUCUUCAGGCCGAGAAUCAGCUAAACUCCAGUUGGAUUCUCAUGCGGGCUGGUAAUCUAGGAGUUCCAACAACUAGUGAAUGGCUCAAUGACGUUCUGGCUCCUGGAUGCAGAAUUGGCAUUGAUCCUUUUCUCUUCUCUUCUGAUGCUGCGGAAGAAUUAAAGGAGGCUAUUGCUAAGAAAAAUCAUGAGCUGGUUCUCCUGUACAAUAUAAACUUGGUGGAUGAAGUAUGGAAAGAAAGGCCAAAAUCUCCAACUAAGCCAGUUAGAAUUCAUGAUCUAAAAUUCGCUGGCUUAGACGUGGCAUCAAAACUCUCUUUCCUGAGGGCCGAAUUUGUUGAUGCUGGUGCAUCUGCCAUCAUUAUAUCGAUGCUUGAUGAAGUGGCGUGGCUAUUAAACCUGAGAGGAAAUGAUGUUCCACAUUCUCCAGUCGUGUAUGCCUAUUUACUUGUGAAGACUGAUACAGCUGAGUUAUUCGUUGAUAGUUCCAAAAUCACACCGGAAGUGAUGGAUCAUUUGAAAAAUGCAGGCGUUGAGUUGAGACCAUAUGAUAAAAUUCUGUCUGAAAUAGAAAAUUUGGUGAAACAAGGGGGAAAUCUUUGGUUAGACACAUCAUCAAUGAACGCUGCCAUUGUCAACACCUACAAGUCUGCCUGUGAUAACUAUCUGAAUAAAAAGAGUAAGGCUAGGGUUCAAGAUUACAAUGGUCGAUCAGCCAUGCCAUCUGGAGUUUAUAGGGCUUCCCCUAUCUCUUUGGCCAAGGCAGUGAAAAAUGAUGCUGAGUUACAGGGAAUGCGAAACUCUCACUUAAGGGAUGCAGCAGCUCUAGCUCAUUUCUGGGUCUGGUUGGAAGAAGAAAUUAAUAGGGGUGCUAAACUUACAGAAGUGGAAGUUGCAGAUAAGCUCCUCGAGUUUCGUUCUAUGCAGGACGGUUUCAUUGAUACAAGCUUCGACACAAUAAGUGGUUCUGGGGCCAAUGGUGCUAUCAUACAUUACAAACCAGAACCAGGCAGUUGCAGUGUUUUGGAUGUCGAGAAGCUGUUCCUGCUAGAUAGUGGUGCUCAAUAUGUUGAUGGAACAACUGAUAUAACAAGAACAGUGCAUUUUGGGGAACCCACACCACGACAAAAGGAAUGCUUCACCCGAGUUUUGCAGGGCCACAUAGCUCUCGAUCAAGCUGUUUUUCCUGAAAAUACCCCUGGCUUUGUCCUGGAUGCGUUCGCUCGCUCGUCUCUAUGGAAGAUUGGCCUCGACUAUCGGCAUGGUACAUUUCAUUCCUUAGCUGCUUGUUUAUUCGAAAUACUAUUGAGAAUACUUUCAAGCACGGCCUCUUGGUCUUUCCUUGCAAUAGGGACUGGACAUGGCGUGGGAGCUGCACUGAAUGUUCAUGAAGGACCGCAAAGUAUUAGUUUCCGCUAUGGGAAUCUGACCUCCCUACAGAAAGGCAUGGUUGUGAGCAACGAACCUGGUUACUACGAAGACCAUGCCUUUGGCAUUCGUAUUGAGAACCUUCUUACUGUGGUGGAGAUGAACACGCCAAAUCGCUUUGGAGGGGUUGGUUAUCUUGGAUUUGAGAAACUCACGUUUGUUCCGAUUCAGAUGAAAAUGGUGGACUCGGCCUUGCUCUCUUCCGCCGAGAUCAACUGGCUCAACGACUACCAUGCACAAGUCUGGGAAAAGGUUUCGCCGCUGCUAGACGGUUCCGCUCGUCAAUGGCUUUGGGACAAUACGCGACCCCUUCCAAUUCAGUGAUUACCGUUAAGUUUCUUUCGUUAUUAUAAAAUUUGUUUGGGACUCUGUCCCACUGUUGUGUGGAAUUGCCGUUACAAUAAAUUGUAGGAUGAUAUGCCGAAUCAGCUUAAAAGUGAACAGCGAUGGCGACAGUAUUCACCUAAGACUGAAUGCUUAAACUGCACCGUUAAGAGUAUACAAUCAAACAGAAGAGCAAAUUACAGAGACCUAAUUU